AAAAUGUCUAGCGAUUUCGCCAUCUAUAUUCGAGACAAGCUUUUCGACAGCAAAACAUCUGUCGACCAUAAAAUCUUACAUAGUGUAAACAAGAAAGGUGAAUUUGUUCUAAAGUUCUGUUUCUGGGAAUAUGACAAGAACCAUAAAACAUUAAGCAGAGAAGUCUUAAAAUUUGUCAA